AUCUAUGAUCAAAUGAAUGUAUCCGCCCCUGUGUUCGUCACAAGCCUGACUCGUUCGUUCUGCGCGUAUGGUCGCGGACGUAAUGUCAUCCGAUAGAGACGUUCGUUAAUCUCCCACGUGGAGAGUUUGUGGGGAAACCGUAGAGAGGAGUAUGGCGGCGCCUAGUGCAGAAAUUGAACCAUUGAAUGGCCAACUGCCUCCAGAGACUGAACGAGGAGAGGAAGUCCAGCAGCCGGGGAACGGGGAAGGAGUGGUCGCCUUGGUAGGAGCUGGAUCACGGAAGCGGCAGGCAGCUUCUUUAGACAAGAAGCGAACGGAAGCGACUGCCCUCCCCAGAGGAAAGCCUAAAUCAGGACGUGUGUGGAAAGACAUUGGCAAGAAGCGGUUUUCCCACAUGACUCAAGAUAAGCCUUUGCGUACCUCAUGGGAACGCAAGAUGAAGGAACGUCAGGGGAAAAAAAUGGUCAAAGAUCUUGAACGGCAGUUGGAGGAAGAAAAACAGAAGGAACAUGAGGAGAAAAAACAGCGUAGGGAGGAAAACUUAAAAAGACGGCAGGAGAAUGAGCGGAAAGCAGAGAUAGUGCAAGUGAUUCGGAAUCCGCUAAAACUGAAGCGAACAAAAAAGAAGCAGUUGCGCCGUAUUGAGAAGCGGGACACACUAGCACUACUGCAGAAGCACCAGGCACAGCGCAAAUCAGCCAAGGAAUAAGGAGGGGAUGAUCUCCCUCACUCUGAGUUCUUGCUCAUUGAAAAUGACUUCUUGAGAUUUGCAAGACAAGAUGCUGUCCUCACUGCACUAGGAAGCUUGGAUAUGCUGCUAGUUUUCUACCUGGCUUCUCUUGCCACUGAAGAUCAGAUUUUUUCCCCAGCAAAGUCAGCAUUGUAUCCAAAUGCCCCUUGGCUGAAGCCUCCCUUUGUUUUUCUCUGGUGAUGGCAACGCAGGAUGCUGCAGACUGAACUGCUGAGACUUCUUUUCACAAUAACUUUCCUCCAGGACAGCAAAAGAUCAAACUAAAGAGUUUUGAAGAUGUGCAACUUCCAGAUUGCAGGGUUAUAUGUGAAAGAUCAUACGUAAUCUGGGUGGGUUCUUUAUUGAGAUAUGAAUGGAAUAGGGCUGUCACCUGGGUCUGAAGUAAUUAAAAUCAUUACUUGAGCUGUGUUAGAAAUUGAAUUUAGCACCCGUGUGAACUUUUAACUAUGUGAUGUCAGGCAACUAAUGUCUGGGAUCUGAUUAUUAGGGUUGGUACUGAUCAAAGCAGAUGCCCUGACUGACUGUUGAAACUUUAAAAGACUCUGUAUUUAUAGAAAAUAAAAGGAGGCUUGCCUUGCUUGGAA